UGCAUAAUCUCGCUUGACCUUCCGACCAACCUUCACCACCUUUCUCACAAUCAAUAAAACCCAAAUCCCUCUCUACCUGGACCCCAUUCUUGUCAAAUAAUCACGGCCCCACCUUUCUGACCCUUGCCGACAUGGUCGUAUAUUCCUUCUAUAUAUUCGAUCGGCACGCGGAAUGCAUCUACAAAAGACGUUGGCUUCCUCGUCCAGCCUCGAUCACAGGCGGCAAAUCUUCACGGCCUACCUCAGAAGCGUCCGCGCCGGCUACCAGCACCCCUGCGCUUCUUGGUCAAUCUGCGCGGACGACCGAUGACGAUGCGAAGUUGAUCUUCGGUACUGUGUUUUCGCUGCGCAAUAUGGUCCGCAAACUGGGGGGAGAGGAUGACAACUUUGUCACCUAUAAAACGAGCCAAUAUAAGUUGCACUACUAUGAGACGCCGACCAAUAUCAAAUUCGUCAUGCUCACGGACAUCAAAAGUCCAAGUAUGCGUAUUGCACUGCAACAAAUCUAUAUCAAUCUUUACGUCGAAUAUGUUGUCAAAAAUCCAUUGUCUCCCGUCGAGCAUCCCGGCGGGGUGGGUGUCAACAAUGAGCUGUUUGAGGAGUCACUGGAACAGUUUGUGACACGAGUUUUGUCAUGAACCGUCACUUAACGCCCAUUGAGAUCGUGACCACACGUACAUCAGACAUGGAUUCCGCUUUACUCCAAAAUUCAACACCCGAAAGCCUCAUGAGUCGUUGAUACGGCGCGUCGUGCAGUAAAUUUCACCAAUUCAAGCGACUGCGCUGCGGUAUGAGCUGAAUUGCCGCAACACGCAUUCCACGAGAAUGAAACGGUGUUCAAUACCUUUCGGUUCUACAGUACUGUGGACUUGGCUUAGUCCACGCGACUUCAACUAAAGAAGUUAAAAGUUGCCGGA